AUUUCUCUUUCCUUGUGCGCAAAAUAGCAACAAGUCUCCGCGUUUCCUCUCUUUCUCUCUUUCCCUUAUUUAAACACACUUCGUCUUCUACCUCUAAACAAUCUCACCUUCUCUCUCCCUCUCUAUAACAAACAUUAAUACACACACCAAAAAAAAACCUGUUUAUGUCUCAAAGAUCUCUGAUUCCUCAUUCUUCUUCUAUAGCUUUUGGUCUCCAUUCUCAUCUCUUAAUCUCCAGUGAGAUCAGCUCCAAUUCUAACUGGUCUCUCUAAAUAAAAAACAGAAAUAAAAAUCCAACCUUUUUCAAUUUUCGUUCAAUUUUCCCGGAAAAAAAAGCGAUCCUUUUGAUUUUUCGAUUUCUCCAAGUAACAAUUCAAAAUGGGUCUAAAGGGUUUUGCUGAAGGAGGAAUAGCUUCGAUUGUUGCGGGUUGUUCGACCCACCCGCUUGAUCUAAUCAAGGUCCGAAUGCAACUUCAAGGCGAAUCAGCUCCGAUUCAAACCAAUCUCCGACCAGCUCUUGCUUUUCAGACUUCGACCACCGUCAACGCGCCUCCUCUACGUGUUGGUGUAAUCGGAGUCGGAUCUCGUUUAAUAAGAGAAGAAGGCAUGCGUGCUCUGUUUUCCGGCGUCUCCGCCACCGUUCUUCGUCAAACUCUGUAUUCAACGACUCGUAUGGGUUUAUACGACAUCAUCAAAGGAGAAUGGACCGACCCGGAAACAAAAACGAUGCCUUUAAUGAAAAAAAUCGGUGCCGGAGCCAUCGCCGGAGCAAUCGGAGCCGCCGUUGGGAAUCCUGCUGACGUGGCGAUGGUGAGGAUGCAAGCCGAUGGUCGUUUACCGUUGACUGAUAGAAGAAACUACAAAAGCGUUUUAGACGCGAUCACGCAAAUGAUUCGCGGUGAAGGCGUUACGUCGUUGUGGAGAGGAUCGUCUUUGACGAUAAACAGAGCAAUGCUUGUGACGUCAUCGCAGUUGGCUUCGUAUGAUUCUGUUAAAGAGACGAUUUUGGAGAAAGGGUUGUUGAAAGAUGGGCUUGGGACUCAUGUGUCGGCGAGUUUCGCGGCGGGGUUUGUUGCGAGCGUUGCGAGUAAUCCUGUUGAUGUGAUUAAGACGAGAGUGAUGAAUAUGAAGGUGGUGGCUGGAGUUGCUCCGCCGUAUAAAGGAGCGGUUGAUUGUGCUUUGAAAACGGUGAAAGCGGAAGGGAUUAUGUCUUUGUAUAAAGGUUUUAUCCCGACGGUUUCGAGACAAGCACCGUUCACGGUGGUUUUGUUUGUUACGCUUGAACAAGUUAAGAAGUUGUUCAAGGACUAUGACUUUUGAAAAAAACAAGAGUUGAAUUAUGUUGAAGAAGAUGAAUGAUGGUGGCGACAAUAAGCUUCUCUUUUUUUCUGGUUAUAAUUUUCUUUUGAUUAUUUGAGUAGUUUUAAAUUGUUUCCCAUUUGUUGGAAUAGAUCUAUGAUAUGAUAAUUCUUCUCAUGGAGAAGAAAGAAAGAAAGAAACAGUUCAUUUGAUUCAUUAUUCAAGGCAGUGAAAUACUUAGAUUCGUUUAUGUUAAUUUUGAACUAUGUAAUAUUCGUUUCUUUUUCUUGAAAGCUUUAUUUUUAGUCAAAAAAAGAUGAUGCUUUACAAAGAUUUUUUGGAAAGAUUGAAGAUCUUUGAUAAAAAAUCUUCGGUAAUCAAUGUUCAAGAAAAGAAAGCACCACACCACCGAAUUUCGCAUCAAUUAUUUAGAUAUAUUUAUGUUAAGUUUGAACUAUGUAAUAUUCCUUCUUUUUUUCCUUCCGGAAACUGUUUUUCAUUCAAAGAUGAAUUCUUUUUACAUAGAGCUGAAAUUCAAAGUAAUAAAUGUUCAAGAAAGCAUUAGACCACGACCACCCAGGGGCGGACUCACGUUGUGAUUGGUGGGGGCAACUGCCACCAGCAAAAUAUAAAUAGUUGAUGAUAUUUGUAUAGAAAUAUUGUAUGUAAGGUAGGAAAGUGGUAAGGAAUGCCCCCACUAAAACCAAGAGGUCAUAGCUUCAAACCCUUUUAGCAACAUUUUGCCCCCAUUAAAUAUUUCUUCUGGAUCCGCCCUGAG